UGGCCAUCGGGAGAAAAUCAUUCGAUAAAUGUCUCUCGUUCCCUUCCAUUUUGUUUUCACACAAAAGUGAAAAAAAAAUAGCUGUAAAAGCAACAGACGCGUAUUCCGAAACGAAAUUAUUCAACCAAAUUUCUCUAUACAAAUAUAGUCAGUGAAGAAAAUCGCAUUGCGUCCGCCCUGAGGCACGGCACUAGGCAAAAUUCGCACACACAAGCACACACCCAGUAAAUUGCAGAGCGUCGCGUCGCAUCGCCCGCAUCCACUAUCCAACAUUCGAGUCCCGUAAAGCAGAAAUGGCCCAGAACAUAAGCCCCGAACAGAGCGGCGGAGCUGGGGCCGGGGGCACCAAACACAGCGACGACUCGCUGCCCGUAAAAGACAACCACGCCGUGAGUAAAAGACUGCACAAGGAACUGAUGAAUCUGAUGAUGGCCAAUGAGAAGGGCAUCUCAGCCUUCCCCGACGGCGAGAACAUAUUCAAGUGGGUCGGCACCAUCGCUGGCCCAUUGAAUACCGUAUACGCUGGGCAGACGUACCGGUUAUCGCUGGACUUUCCCAACUCGUAUCCGUACGCGGCACCCGUGGUCAAGUUCCUGACAUCCUGCUUUCACCCGAACGUCGAUCUGCAGGGCGCCAUCUGUCUGGACAUACUGAAGGACAAGUGGUCGGCGCUGUACGAUGUGCGCACCAUUUUGCUGUCCAUCCAAUCGCUGCUGGGCGAGCCGAACAACGAGAGUCCACUGAAUGCGCAGGCCGCGAUGAUGUGGAACGAUCAAAAGGAGUACAAAAAAUAUUUAGAUGGGUUCUAUGAGAAACACAAGGACACCUAGGUGUACGGUGGCCCACUAAGCGCGAUCCUAUGCUCAUAUUGCGGCGUAUUUAUUUACAUAUAGUGCAAGCAAACUUCACUCAUCCGAACCGAACAGAUCCGCAACUCCUUCCACUCUCCCACAACUCAUUAUCCAUUCUCAACAUGCAUCGCUUAUGCUGAUUUUGGCGACCGUGCAUAUUCCUAUGUAAUUGUCGGAUAUUCUGGUUUUAUUCUAAUUUUUCCCCCAGCAACAAAUUAAUGAUAUAUAUAUAUGAUCUAUGAAUGUAUUGGUAAUAUGUAAUUUUAAAAACUGUCGUGUUCUCUAAGCUUAAGCAUA